AUGCAGCCUUGUUCCGUUUCGACUGCCUCCGCAACGUCCUCUCUUCCUCUUCCCGAUGAACGUGGCGACACAGAGCGCGCAGAAAACCGGCCAGAGAACGAAGAAACCGACGAGAGCGGCUGCCUCAUCGGCUUUCCCCGGAAAUGCAGUGCCAAGGCCACCUGGCUCUUCUCGACUCUCAUCGGCCUCUUCUUCCUCUUCUUCCUCUAUCGGCGGCAUCGCCUCACCUUCGAGUGGCCGUACGAAAAACAACAAAUUUCUGCAUAUUCUGAGGGCUCCUUUUACUACUCGUUCUUUAACGACGUGAUUGCUGCGCCGACCUGGCGAGCGGGUCUCGACGCUGUGCUGCGAGACGAAAGGUCUGAGCAUCCGGAUGUGGUGAACGCUCUCCGUCGUUUUAAUGUCUACCAAGAGCUGCUUGCGGGGCUGCUCUACCGCGCGCUCCACGCCCUCCUCGGGGACGCAUGGCUGACCGAGUACAUCGCACGCACCCCCUUCAACUUUUACACUGCAUGCGUUUUUCUGCUCCAGGCGCUCGGCGUCGCAGUGCUUGUCGGGCUCGCAGCCGUCACAGGCGGCAGCGCAUUUUGCGCCUGUGCAUGCUUUGGGUUCUUCUUCGCGAAUUACUACCAUCGUCUCGUCGUUCGCGUUCAAGCGACGCCGCUGCGGGAGAACUGGGCACUCCCUUUCCUCUGGAUCAACAUCGCGACGGUCGUAGUGCUUCUCCAGACGCAUGCUCGCAUCCAGAGGGUGAUGCUGAGGCGCUGGGCAACGCGCAAAGACUCCGCCAAGCCUUCCGCGUCGGCGGUUCCGUGUCGAGACGCAAAAUGUCACGCCGCCCUGCGCCAGCGGGAGAAGAAGCUUCUCGCCCUGCUGUUCCUCUCCACUCUCCUCCUUCUCGUCUUGUGGCAGUUCGGCGUCUUCGUCAUCACAACGCAGGUUGCAGCCUUGUUCGCAACACUGCUCGUCGGCUUCCCGGUAGAGCGGCUAAUGCGGCGCGUCUUCGCCGUCCUCUGCGCAGCCUUCGUCGCCAACGUUUUCCUCCAUUUCUUCCCGAGAUACUUGCUUUUGUCUUUCCUACCGCACACGCUUUUCUCCGUCGUCUUUGUUCUCCUCGCCUGGCCGAUUUCUCGCCUGCGAACUGCGCGGCAAAAGGAAAGCAGCGGAGGAGCGGGCGGAGCCGCUCUGCGACUCUUUCCCCAAAACGUUCAAAGAGGAUUUCUCGCCGUCGUCCUGUGCUUGCUCAUUCGGCUGUCUCUGGGCGGAUUCGACAAGGAUGACUCCCACGUUUUCCAACUUCUGCUCUAUAAGCUCGGCCUGGCGCCCCAUACCUUCGACACCAACAUCUACCUCAUGGGCGGAACAGAAUUCGAGUUCUUCUCCCCCUACUUCUUCAACCUUAUCGCUCCGUCGCGUCUCUUCCUCUGUGCCGGCGUCGCGCUCUUCCUGUUCCUCUUGCUCGCCUCCGACCAGCUUCUCUUCUUGCACCACCUGGGUCGCCUGUCGCCCCGCCUCUACGUGAACCUCUCUGAAGAGACGCUGACUGUGGACGGUGGCGAAGAGAAAAUGGAGGAAGACAACGAAGAGACAGCGAGACAGAAAGCAGUGGAAACGAGCGACCCGCCCCGAACGACUGACUCCAGGUAUCAACACACGCGUCGCUUCCCCUCGUCGGCGGGUGCGCCAGAGUUGCGACGAAGGCGGCCGGGAAAGAUGGAUAAACAAGACGAGGCGCCGCGGUCAGCUGUCGAUGCCGUUGUCUCUGUCGCAGAGAAGCGGCGAAGAGUGGAGGGGAAACUGCGAGCUCAAUUGGAAGACCAACUGGUGUCCUCGGUUUAUCUUAUGCCCGAUCUCUUCUAUCUCUCAGUCCAGACGGUCUUCUUCGUGGUUCUCAUGCUCCUGAUCGCGCGCCUCCGCGUUCUGUGUCUCCCCCUUCUCUGCGUCUUGGCCGCUGUCACGGUCGCCUCGCCUGCGCUCUGGAGAGCUCUUGCAUGCGCCUUGGCGGCGUCCUUGAAUCUGCCCACCGUCGCGUCGCUGGGCAGCAGACUGACAGGCGGCCUCCGCUGUCGUUCGCGCGUCGCCUUCCUCGUGCAUGCGCUUCUGUUCACCUGUGCCGCCGCGCUCCCCUUCUGCCUCAAGCUUCCCGUUGAAGAAAUGAUCGGCGUUGACCCUGCGACCGAGAACGCGGCUAACCCGAGCAGGCUUUCUCUCAUCGACUGGCUAAAAACCAAUCUGCCGCCGGACGCCGCGAUCAUCGGAGACAUGCCUGCGUCGGCGACGCUCCGCGCAGCCACCAAGCUGCGGCUCGUCAUUCACCCGCAGUUCGAGCAGACAGAGAUGAGGAAACGCGUGCAAUUUCUCUACGGCGCCUCGGCGUGUCCCCCAGAGAAGCUGUACGCAGCGAUGAUGCAACGCGUGUACAAAACGGACUAUCUCCUCAUCAGCAACUUUCGGUGUGCAGGUGGCCCCAAGCGCUGUCGCCGCUUCCUUCACACUGACCAUCUUGCGUGCCUGUGCCAUUCUCUGCGCCGCUCUGGAUCGGCUUCUGCAGCCCCGAAGGAGAAAAAAAUCAGCGUCUUCAGCGUCGCAGAUCUCGUCGAAGAGAAGAGUUUCACUUGCCCCAAGGCCGUCGCGUCGCUCGCGCGCUUCUGUUUCAAGUCGCAGCUCAGCUCUUCCGCGUUUGACCUCGUCUACCGCAACGGCAUGUACGCCGUGCUCAAAGUGAAGGGUGCGCAAGAAGCCGAGCAGCCGAAGAAGAAAGGACAGCGCGACGCAGCCGAAGAAGCCGGAGGGGAACGGACAGCUCAGCGCGACCGGCGAGAAGAAGAAAGGGAACUCAAGGAGACCUUGAGGAGUCUAGACGUACAGACCAAAAAUGAGGCGUAUCUGUCUUUUGACUGGAAGACCAAGCUCUCCACGCUCGAGACAUUCGAUCCAUGGAUUAAACGCUGCAUCCGAGACGACGAGAGAUGCGGUCGAAGCAUGCAGGAAUUCGCUCAAGAGUUGGCGGAUAUGUACGGCCUCCAGCUGACGAGCCGGCUCCUCCAGGAAAAAGCGAUUUCCCUUUUCCCCAGCGACUCCGACGUCCUGUUCGGUCACGGCGUGUUCCUCGACUUUGACAUGAACAACCGGAACGACGCGACCGCCUACUAUGAGCGAGGCGCGGACAAGGAUCCGCUGAGCGUCGCCAAGACCGUGCAGUUUUUGCUCUUCCUCGACCAAGCCAUCGGCAGGAGCCGCGCGGUGGCAGACGUCGACCGUCUGCUCCGUCUCGAACGAGUCUUGGAGGAGAAAACAAAUCAGCAACUUCUGGACGACGCAGCCAGUCUCUGCAAAGCCGCGCUCCUUCUCAAGCAGUUGGUGGACACCCAAGUCGAAGCAGGGGCCAUGAGGGAUACGCCGAAUGUCAUCCGAGAGGAGAUGCGCGUGAUGCGGCGUCUGUGGGAGAAGAGCAAGGAGCUGAACAUCCAGAACGAGUGCGUCGUUGAGGCCUGGGCGUACUUUGAGAAGACGCGACUCACCCUCGCUCGCCGAAUUCAACACUUUUUCCUUGGGGAAAGCGUUUUUCUCUCUCGUCUAGUUCACGCCCUCGCUCUCGCAGCGCGUGUCCUCUCUCUUUUCUAA